AUGGAAAAUCUAUCGAGCAGGACAGUUUUCACUACCAUUUUGUUGCAACUUUCGACGAUCUUGGUAUUUUUGGAGAUGAGUUUGGCAGGAAAUAUUCCUGCAAAUUUCGUUUUUGGAGAUUCUUUAGUUGAUGUUGGGAACAACAACUACAUUGCAUCCCUUUCAAAAGCCAAUUAUGUCCCAAAUGGAAUUGAUUUUGGGAAUCCAACAGGGAGAUACACGAAUGGAAGAACAAUUGUCGACAUUAUAGGCAAGCUUUCUACUCAUUCUGUCUUAUCGACCUGGCAGGAAUUAGGUUUAAAGGAUUUUACUCCACCAUACUUGGCACCAACCACAGCUGGAGAUGAGGUUCUGCAAGGUGUCAAUUAUGCUUCUGGUGGAGGAGGAAUUCUGAAUUACACUGGAAAGAUUUUUGGAGGUAGAAUUAACUUGGACGCGCAGAUGGACAAUUUUGCAAAUACAAGGCAGGACGUUAUCUCCAGAAUAGGAAGUCAAGCAGCAAUGAAACUGCUCGAAAAUGCCUUAUUUUCUGUUACAAUUGGUUCGAAUGAUUUCAUCAACAAUUACCUAACACCAGUUCUUUCAAAGCUUGAGCAAAAAUUAGUCACACCAGAAUCUUUUGUGGGAGCCUUGAUUUCAAGAUUCAGGAUUCAACUCACGAGGCUACAUGAUUUGGGCGCUAGAAAAAUAAUUGUGGCAAAUGUGGGGCCUAUUGGGUGUAUCCCAUAUCAAAGGGAGAUAAAUCCAUCUGCAGGGGAUAAUUGUGUGGCUUUUCCCAAUCAACUUGCAGAAAUGUAUAACAGCCAAUUGAGGGGCCUUGUAACAGAGUUGAAUACAAAUCUUCAAGGAUCAAAUUUCAUUUAUGCAGAUGUAUACCACAUAGUUGGGGAUAUUAUUCAGAACUACCAAUCAUAUGGAUUUGAGAAUGCAAAUUCUGCUUGCUGCUAUGUUGCUGGUCGAUAUGGGGGACUUAUACCAUGUGGUCCACCAUCAAAAGUUUGUGCAGAAAGAUCUAAGUAUGUUUUCUGGGAUCCAUACCAUCCAUCUGAUGCUGCAAAUUCCAUUAUAGCUAAGCGUCUAUUGGAUGGAGAUUCGACUGUUAUUUGGCCCAUGAAUGUAAGACAGUUAAUGAAAUCACAACCGUAG